CAUAAACACGCAUUCGAAAGCUUUAUUAGUUAUAUCGAUUUAAAUUUUAUCGGCAUAAACUGAUAUUUUAUAUUUAUUUUUUGAAUAAAAUAAGAAAUACGAAAACUCUAUUUUUUACAAUUUAACAAUUAUGUGGAUUGCAAAAAUUAUUUUUUUAUUAUUUAUUUUCAAUACGUGUGGUGAUAAUCUGUUGUCGCAGAGCAUAUUCUCUCAACAUCGAACUUCUGUCGUUCAGAUUCAAGUGGUGGAACUGAUGAAAUUAUGUUUUUCUGAGAAAUUGAAUCCAGUAAUUGUAACUCAAAAUUUGAAUGAUAUAAUUAAUCAGAAAUCAUGGGAUCCUUUGAGUUCAAACGCUAUAAUAAUUAAUGACGAUUUUAAUCCAAAAAUAAUUCAGGCAUUUUAUCCUGCUUACCCCACAUACGUCUUAUCAACUGAAUCACCAGAAAAACUUCGGAUAAUUUUGAACAAAUUGAAGGAUUUACCUGUCUGGAAUGUAAUUUCUUCUUUUUUUAUUAUUGAUCUAGAUGCUGCAGAAAACAAUUGCAAAGAUUCAUCUAAAAUGCUCCAAGUACUUUGGGAAGAUGAUUUGAUUAACUCAUUCUAUGUGUGCCAGAAUAAUAGUGAAGUAUUUUUGUACACUUACAAUCCUUACACCAACCGAGCACCUGAGCCCUGGAGAAGAGUCAGAAAUGCCGAUAAUCCUGACAAAUACUGGACACUGUUUAGACAGUCGCUAUCUAUUGAUGAAGGAAUAUGUAGCAGUCUUCAAUUUGAUAAGACGAAAUCCCUCGAUGGAUAUCCAGUCAAAGCAGUGGCCUAUCCUAUCCGCAACCCAUCUAUGAGCCAGCAGAAAAAUAAGACACAACCAUUGAAAAGCAUAAAAGAUAAUGUAUCAAAUAUAAGUUAUUUAUUUUUUGAUAGUUUAUUCGAAGCUAUAAAUGCCACACCGAUAAUCAAUUUUGACGAGGCCGGUGAUUUAGUUAAUAAUACAGCCGUAGGAUGUUUGCAAGCAUUGAUUAACGGUACACACGAUAUCGCGUUAAAUUUACGUCAAAUAGAUGAAGAUUCUUACGAGAAUAUUGACACUAUUAGAUUAUAUUAUCAACAAGGUUUUAUAUUAUCUACGAAAAAUUAUCCAAUGCGUUUAACUAAGGCUUCAUUAGGUGAUUUGAUAUACAUAAGUAAUGAAGUUAUUGUUGCUUUAGUACUAGUACUCUCAGCUACAUUUAUCAUUACGGUGUUUAGUAUAGAUAGUGUCGGUUAUCGAAACUAUGUACGAGGUUUUCUGGAUAUUUUAAGAUUGAUAUUGGGUUUCGGAAUUGAGGCACCAUUAGAGAGGGCAUCAGCGCGUAUGAUAUUCGUCGUUGCCAUUUUAGCAACGUAUUCAAUAAUUCCAGAAUUACAGAGCCAAAUAUCCGCUAUUUUGUGUUAUUCGGUCGGAAAGUCUUAUAUAGAAAAUUUCAACGAUACCCGUCAAAUAAAAAAUGCACUUAAAGUCAUCUAUUAUCCUAACGUUUUAUCAAAAGAUAUGGAAAAUUAUAUAUUAUCGCUAAAUAAAAGUAAAAAAUACAAUGAAUUUUGGUUCCGUGAAAUGAACGUCAGCAACAAAUUUUGCGAUUAUUAUCUUAAUGCUAGUAGUAUUAAUGUUUGCGUUGAUACUGUUGAGAAUCAAGUGGAAGCUUUAUAUAGAUAUCAAUAUAUGCGUGUUGUCCAAAAAACUGUUUAUGAUAAGUAUUAUUCGUACUGGACGCGACGGAAUUGGGCGCUUAAAAAUAGAAUUGAUGACGUCGCUCUAAGAUUACGGGAAUCUGGUAUCAUAAACUAUUGGGAUAAACGGGUAUUGUAUGACAAACUCAAUAAACACAAAACAAUCAUAAAACCUUGGAUACUAGAGUAUAAUCAAUUGAAUUCUAAAUCCUUCUUUCUACUUUAUUGGUUAGUUUAUUACCUCUUGAUGGCUUCUUUGAUUGUUUUUAUUCUGGAAAUAAUUGUUUAUAAGUGUCAACACGAAUAUCGAAGAAUGUUGAGACGGUGGGAAAGUACUCAACUCAUUAGGAAGCCUCCUGAAGUCGAUAUAGAAAUUCAAGAAAUUGAAUAAUAAUUUAUUAUUGUAUCGUUAUUAUCAAUUUCUUGCGUUUAUUUCAAAAGUUACCAAUCAAACAGAUUAAUCAAAAUUUUCCAAAUGGGACCGAUGUUAAAAAAUUUUAAAUACCUAUAUUUUGACACUGUUCUUGCUAUAUCGUUAAUUUAAAAAAUAAUAAUAAGAAAUGUUAGUAAUUAGAAUUGAAUUCUCGUCAUCGCAUGAAUAAAUUAAUUGCAACCUCCAAUUAUUUGAUUCAACAUUCAAAAAGUAAAAUCACCGCAGAUAACAGUUUUCCACCCGUACAGUUAUGUAAAAGACCUAGUACUAUUUGGAAAAAUUUAUUAUACAGUUUAGAAAAUUUUACUAUAAUAGAAUUAAAUUGAUUGAAAUUUAAUUUAUAUUAGUCUUUUAUCAUUUUAUUAUUAUUAUUGUUAUUAUCUAUGUUACCUAUAUUAUGUUGCUGUCAAUUUUAUAAUUUAAAAAUCACUUGACUUAACCGAGAUUUGAACCCUGACCUCCCGCGUACGAAUUCUCCCCCCAGUCUGUCGCUCCGAUGUCUUCUUUGAACGAAAGUCUUCGAACUUGUAAUACAUAUUGGUAUAUCCUAUCUCUACUAAUGUUCAGUUUUAUCGAUCUGCUCUGGAAACAUUACAAACCUAAUACUAUACUAUUCUCCUGAACUUCAGAAAUUACUGAACAGAUUGUAAUUUUUACAUAUUCUCUGUAUUUAAUGCAUAUUUUUAGUAAAUUUUAAUAUUUUUACAGAAUAAAAAUCAUUGAAGCCGCGUAAAAAAAAUUAUAUAUAAUUAUAUGUGAAG